UUGACAUCUGCCAAAGUCAAAAGUCACGUUUUUAUAAAAAUAUCCUUCUUGUGAGGAAGUUAUUUGUUUUCAUUUUCAUAAUUAGAAAGGAGUUUAAAAAUGUCUAUCUAUUUUAGCGGUGGUUUUACUAGGUCAGCCGGGAUAAUAAGUGCCAUAAAUAAACAACUAAAAUUAGUUAACUUAAAACCUGUUAAAAAGAUUCAGGUUCAAUUUGAUCCAUUCCAUGCCAAUGCGGUAACCGCUCGAGAUUUCCUUUUCCAUAUAUCAACACCAAAAGUAAUAGAAACAAACUUAAGUUGUGUGAUAAAACCAAAUGUUGUAUGUGACAGGAGUGAACCAGAGAUAAAGAUUGACUUGGGAGAUGCAGGCACAGUGAAGUUUUUAGCCAACAACUUGACAGUCUUAGAAAUACUGCAGCAGUUCAAUAAACACAUCAGCUCCAAAGUUCCAGUAGAGCCAGUUGCAUCACCUAUUACAACAAAAUUAGAGGCUAAAAGGAAGGGCAAGAGGUGAAAUGGGCAACAAAAAGAAGGACUUCCAUCUCAAACUUAUCGAACACGUUUAUGAUAAUAUUCCCGCUUUUACAGAUAUUUUUACUGAAGAUACAUUUUAUAUAUUUGCCAUAACCAUUGUGAUUAGUACUAUUGUAAUCGUGUUUAUUAUUUCUAGGUUUGUUACCUUAAAAGAAGUUGAUAUAUAAGUUUUGUUAGAUAGGUUAUGUAUGAUGUGAUUAGGCUGAAAUACAUUUUGAAUGUUU